GUUCAAUCUAACUUUUCAAGAAAACAUAGAUGAUGUUGAUGGUUCUGACAAAGGGAGAGAAGAAGAUGGAAGACCCUGUUUGUCUGCAAUAGAUAGAAGCGAUGGUUUUCUAGAUAGGGAACUUGCUGCCAGUGGCUUUACUAGAAAGAAUGAAAAGGAUAUUCAGAGGUUCAUUGAAGGCAGGGCAGAUAGUGAUACAAAUUCAGAUAGUGAAGGGGCUGACUCAGUGGAAGAUCUGAACGAAGCAAACAUUAAAGAUGGUGAUUUUUCACAUUUGUUGGAGCCGGUUGACGGACAUGAAAGUAUGGGAAUAGAGGAGAGCUAUGAAGCGGGUGAAAGAAGUACCUCUGACAAGGAGGAUGGAAGUGACAAGGAAGAACAUAAUCAAAAUGCAAUGGAAAAUGAAGCUGAGCUCGCAAAGAGCUUGAAUAAGCAGAGACAACGUGCCAUAGCAGCCUCUCAUAGAGGACGGAAGACCUUUGCAUCCAGGAAUUCCUACAAAGACAAGGGUGGUAGGUCAUCUCACAAUUCUAAAAUACAGAAACAGUUGAGCAGCUGGUGAGAUUUGGGUGACAAAACCCAUGUGAUUGACCACAUGGUUAUGGAAUAUGUUAUAAAGAACUAGAAAAGAAUAUAGUUUUAUCCGUGCCAUCUAUCACAAGCAUUAAAGUUUGGUUGGCAUCAUAGACUUAUUUACAUCAAAAUAUAUGUUCAAACAUAUAUAACGUAAGGAGAUAGGAAAGCAAAUAGGUUGUGUCUGUUGUACACGAGUAUUUUUUUUUUGCCUAUGGAGUAUAAUUAUAUCCCUUUUGCGUCGGUUAUUUUCAUUUGGAAUGAAAAUUUUGCCUUUACUAUAUUAGUGGGAAUUUUUCUUCACUCAGUUUUUUUUUUUGGUAGGACUGAAAGCAACAAUGAAUUAUCUCUACUAUGUUGUCUGCUUAUAAGAUUUCAAUUGUCAGAAAUGCAUAAGC